UGCGCUGCCCGCCGCCCCGCCUCCCGGGCUUGGCCACCUGCCGGGGAAACUUGGGUUUGGCUGUCGCCCUCGGGUCGCUCCCGCGUCUGGACACGGAACCGGGCCAUGGAAAGCAGGUCGGGGACUCGCGUGUCCCGGGCCCUACCGCGAGAGCGGGACCCGGACCGGCGCCCCCGCUCGGACCGAGACCGGCCACACGAGCGACCGCGGGACAGACCCGAGGACCGGCGCCGCGAGCGAAACGGGGAAGUGCGGAGGGACGGGGACCGGCGAGGGGGCCGAGAGUCCCGUCCGGACAGACACAGGGACGCGGGCCAUCGCGCUGGAGGACACAGGGAGUGGGACAAGCCUCGCCAGAGCCGGGAGCGCGACGGAACCCGGGGCCCAUCCUGGGACGCAGCCCCGCCCCCCUGGCCCGCGCCCUGGGAAACCCCGGAGCCGCCUCCCCACAGGAAGGAGGGCUUGGGGCGCCGCGCCCCGGAAAGUGAAUUCACGUCUGGGAGAUAUGUGCCCUCGAACCCCAGGCCUGGGCUGGAGGAGGUGGAAUUUGCCCAGUCAGAGGCCGAAGGACUCCUGGACUGCCACAAAUGCAGAUACCUGUGCACGGGCAGAGCCUGCUGCCAGAUGCUGGAAGCUCUGCUGAACUUGCUGAUCCUGGCCUGCAGCUCUGUGUCUUACACGUCCACUGGGGGCUACACGGGCAUCACCAGCCUGGGGGGCAUUUACUACUACCAGUAUGGAGGGGCUUACAGUGGUUUCAGCGGCGCAGACGGCGAGAAAGCCCAGCAACUGGACAUCCAGUUCUACCAGCUCAAGCUGCCCACAGCCACCACAGCCAUGGCCUAUGGUGGAGCCCUCCUGGGCUUCUCCUGCCUCCUGCUCGUUGCGGGCGUGUUGCGGGUGCCGUGGCACUGCCCACCGUGGCUGCUGGUGGAAGGCUUGCUGGACGCGCUCAUCGCUGGGGCCUACAUCCCAGCCUUGUACUUCUACUUCCAGCACCUCUCGGCCGCCUAUGGCUCUGCCGUGUGUCGAGAGAGGGAAGCGCUGUACCAAAGCAAAGGGUACAGCGGCUUCGGCUGUGCCUUCCAUGGAGGUGACAUAGGGGCCGGGGUCUUUGCAGCCCUGGGCAUCCCUGUCUUUGCCCUGGGGGCUGUCCUGGCCAUUAGAGGAUUCCAGAAAGUCAGGAGACUGAAGGAGAAGCCGACGGAAAUGCUUGACCUUUAGGGUUUUCCCAGCAUUCUGCCAAACAUGAAGUGAUCGAAGUGACCCCAAACUCAAGUCCUUGGCAAGAACACUUAGCUGGGGCGCUUGCCGGUGCUUGCAAAGCCAAAGGCUAACUUGAACACCAGCCGUGAAGCUCCUAGUUGCAAGGAGGGGCAUUCUCUGAACCAACCCUGGUUUUUGGAAUCUUCCAUUAGUGAAGCAUGAUUGAUAUUGUGAACAGAUAGAGCCCGGGACCCACGGGGGAAAGGC